AUGGCGGCUGAAGCGGAGAAGGUAGAGCCUGGAGACAGCGAGCAAGACGAAGGAGAAGAUGUGUACGAAGUGGAAAGGAUCAUUGACAUGCGGGUGGAAGAGGUAAAGCUAGCUAACUGCUACUUAGCCUGCUGGCUAGCUUUGGCAAAUAUGGCUGGCAUUGCUUUCACUCCACUCUCACGACGCAUAGCCCACCUACAACGCUGUCUUGACAUUAGUAGCUGUUGUUACGCAUGUGGUCAAUUGAUUUGAGAUGAAUAUCAAUGCAUUUUACUGCUCGUGUAUCUCUUAUUCACACGCGACUCUUACUGUUGUGCCGAAGCUCUCAGCUUCUUUUCUGAACAACUUCUCCCAUGAUGUCCGCUCGCCUCUCCCCUGCUGGGGCCAAGGACGGACGGUCUGCAAGCUUGCAAAUAAUCGCAACAACACGCCUCUUUUCCGCCGGCACAGAAGUAUUAAUAAACUCAAUGAGAAAAUAAUGCGUUUCUUGAUAGCUGGUACGCUGACUAGAUGGAGAGAUUUGGCUAACGGUUAGACGUAGAGUUAACGUAACUCUUACCGUUACUUCCCUAACGGCUUUAAGUUACGUUACUGUUCUGGCACAAAAUCAGCUCUACAUUAAACCUGUGUGUGUUGAUUUAAAGUCAGUUAGACGUUUUAACCACGUCUUCUCGACGUUAAAAAUCAGUAAUGUAACUUUUACUUGUCCGUUUGCUGUGAUAGGCAUUGAUAAUCCAUGUGGUUCGGCUGUUAUUAAGUUAUUAGUUAGAUUUAGGCUACUGUACUUGUAUUCAAGAGAUACUCAUCCCACUGAGUUUGUAUUAUUACUGUUUUGCUCAAAGGAAUAACUCAUUUUUUCUCUGUUCUGACACCCAAUGCUACACCAGGACUCUCAAAAUGUAAGCAUGGUAUCCCUCUCAAUAUCUUGUUAGGCCGAUUCCAUGUGCUCCUUGAUACAUUGUCACCUAUCCGAUAUAUUAAUGGUACAUAAGCAGCAACCUACGAUUAAAUCUGUUAUGUUUGACUAGGGAUGGGAAUCGAGAACCAGUUCUUGUUGAGAACCAAUUUCAAAAUGGUUCAAUCCAUUGACAUCAUUUACAUUUCAUUUUAAUGAUACCCUUAAUGAUUCCUUUCUUCUGGGUGAGAUCCAGAGUAUGGUCACCCUGAUUUGACUUAAUACGAUCAAGUAAAUGUUGUACAAAUAGUUUAUCGUUUGAUUAUUUUUAGGCUACAUCUUUUUCUGUUAUCAAACACUCAAAAAAAAUUUGAGUUAACAUUGAAAACUUAUAGUGUACUUUUUUUAAAUCAAAGAAAGGCAUUGAUAAAGGAAUCGAUAAUGAAUUGAAUUGAUAAGCAGAAUCUUUAAUGGCAACGAUAUCGAUAAAAUCAUAUCAAUUCCCAUCCCUAUGUUUGACAACAUGAUCAUGAUGCCAUGCAUUCAACCAAGCUGCAGCCAUUAGUUUUGGGCAUUGAACAAAUGUCCUUUAUUUGGAAUUUAUCAAGAUAUUAUGAAUAACCAGACUAGCUCUUUCCUUCGACUGUUUUUGAGGAGUUAGUUUCAGAAUCACGAAUUCUCUUCUGAAUUUCUUUUAAACUCAAGUUUACAAAGUCUUGCUACAUAGCAAUUUUCACACUUAAAUAUUAACUAGACCACCACGUGAAUGCAUAUGGAGACAGUGCUGUCAUGUGUUUAUGUGGGGGUGGGAAAGAGGUGGUGUUUGUUUUAUCUUUGAGUGCAAGGUCUUCCUACACACUGUUUACAUCCCCUGUGAUGGUUUACAUAAGUUUCAAUUAUCAGAAUGUCCCUGCUUUUAGAGACAAAAAUAAAGUUGGUUUGUGAUAUGAGAGGAUUAAUGGGGGUUCAAAGAACAGAUGACUUAAUGCUGAAGAAUUAUUGCUACAGGACGAAACUGUGCUUUGCUGGACUUCCAAAGAUCUUUGAGUGUGCACAAUGACCAUUUAUUAAAAGAGGAAAGAGCACUGAUAUAUACAAAAAAGAUAUGAACCAUCUUAUGAAACUGUUCAAUAUUUUAUUUAAUCUUUCUGUCAAAAGUGAAAAUGUUGGAUACGUUUUUUUCACCUUUUCUGAACUGAGCCUUUUAAAAAACUGAGACGUGUUUACAAAUGCAAAAGAAUCAAAUUGAGGAGCUUUUCUUUAUUAAUGCUUAAAUUUAUUGAAAUUCGUCGACAUUUUUUUGAGUUUGAUUGUCUUAAUUGAUGUUAAACUCUUUUGAAAAUGUAGUACACAAGAGGCAAAGAAAUGAGUGUUUAAAUUGUGAACAUAAUCCCUCUGUUUUGAUAUCACAAGAAUUUGAGAGUUAAGGCCUACCUACCUUUGUGGGAAGAUUUGACUAAUAGCUAUUUGGAUUGAAGUUGAAGGUCAUGUGAUGAAAGAGGUACUCUUGUUAUGAUCAGCCCCACUGAGCUAUUAACACACUCUGCUUCACAUGAGCUCAAUGCUGGCUUUAGAUUAUAACAACUCUGUUGAGAGUCUCCUGAGGGUUUUUACCACCUGCUCAAAAAAUUCCAGAGACAUGAAUGAGAGUGUCGGACUAAAAUAUAAACAAUUGGGCUGUAACUCUGUCCUAUCAACAUGUCUCAGCAGAUGUUGGCACAGUGCCAAUGUGAUAGCUCUGAGUAAAAGGGGGAAAAAGCACAAUAGGAGUGCAAGUAAUGUAGAGGUGUAGUGAGACAGAGCUUUAUACCAAUUACAUCCACAAAAUUCAACAAAAAGUGUCCCAUCACCAUCUCAGGUUGUUGUGGAGAAAAUGCUUUCGCUUCACAUUUUCUUUGUCGGUCUGUUUUCAGGGUGAAGUGCUCUACAGAGUGCGAUGGAAGAACUACUGCUCUGACGAUGACACCUGGGAGCCAGAGGCCCAUCUGGAGGAUUGUCGAGAGGUCCUUUUAACUUUUAAGAAGGCCAUGGCUGACAUUAAGGCCAAGAAGGAAGCAGAAGCCAAGAAGAGCGUGGUACGUUUAAGUGACAGUUUACACAACAAGACUGACACUGUGUCAACCAAAACAAUAAUUGAUGCUCCACAAUGUUUGCUUUUGUUGAUUAUAGCUUAUAAGUAUGAGUGACUUGUAUUCUUGUUGUUUGCUAAACUAAAUCUUGCAAAUGAGCUUAACAAACAUCGUAUGGUCGUAAAGUAUCGUGUUUCUCACACUGUUGUCCUUUAGAAGGUGCUGCCAACAAAGAGUGACGUGUUCGAUGCAGACUCCGAGAGCGACAGUGACAAAGAUCGUCCCAUCGUGACACCUGUCAAGAAGAAGAAGAAGAAGACAAAGAACCGAGAGGAAGAGGAAGAAGAGGAAGAAGAAGAGCCACUUCUCAAGGAGAAGAAGAAAAAGAAGAAGAAAAAAGAAAAACGGAAGGAUGAUUUCAGGCCUCUCCCAGCACCAGAGUCAGAUGAAGACGAAGAAGAGAAAGCCCUGACUCCAACCUCUCCUCCUAAGGAGAAAAAGACUGACACAAAAAAACAGCUGGUGGACUCUGAGGAGGAGGACAAUGAGCCUGUUCCCACAAAAAAGCACAAGAAGGAGAAGGGAAGAGAUGGAGGAAAGCAUAAGAAAGAAAAGGCAGAUGAAGGGAAGAAGAAGAAAGCGAAGAAGGAAAGGAAGAUUGAAACCUCAGAGGAUGAGGCUGCUGCGCCUUUAGAGGAGGACCUGAGUGAAGGCCCAUCAGAGUCUCAGAUGGACGACAGUGCCUCGACAGACACUGCAGCAAAAUCGUCUGAAAAGGCUAGUUUGGAGGACAAGUUUAAGCAUAAGAAGGGGAAGUGGGAGGUGAAGCUGCAGGGGAUUAAGGACCUGAUUCAUGACAAAAAGGGCAAAAAGUUAGACACUACACUUAAGGAAAGCAGCCUCCAAAAACUCAAGAGUCUCACCUCUAAAAGCAAAGAUGAGGCUGCCCCACACUCAGACUCCAGUGAUAGCUCCACUUUACACAAAAAAGCCAAGAGUAAAAGCCAGGAGAGCACACCAGCACCUCCCAAAGUCCCGUCUUCCUCCACUUCCUCAUCAUCCUCAUCGUCCUCUGUCACAGCGGCUGGCAGCACCAAGGGUAAAGAGGAAGAAGUGGCUAAAGAGGAGGUAUUGGGGCAGAAGGACGGGGCAGGCUCCACUAACCUGUUUGAGAAGUUCCUGUUAAACUGUGAAGCCAAGGAUCGAGCCCCCCGCAGGCAGUCGGUGCAUCAGCCCACCCCUGAAAAGAGCGUCAGCAAACCUGCAAAGGUAAAGCACUAGUGCUAUAUGUCUUCAGUUGUUUUUGGAAUGGUGUACUUGCUCGUAUUAGUUUGAUUUAGGUGUUCAUCUGGUUUUCCUGUUAGUUACUCUGAUUUUUUUUUUUUUUUUGUGAACCCAUAGCUGAGAUAUUUGGUUUUCCUUUUUUUUACAGUGUGGAUUACACACUUCUCUGACUUUCCCAUGUUUAGUGCGUACACGGAGAAGCACUGAGCUGAUGAAACGAACAGUAAUUACAGAUGUUGCGCCGCUUUUGUGUGUGUCGACAAGUAAAAGGCUUCUCUCCCCACAAUGAUAAUAAUAGCGUGCCUCUUAAUGUCCUUACCGAACCUGACACGAUAAACAAUGAAGUUUAUCUGUAAAGUUCCCAUGAAAUCAAAAUGGAAGUUCAUGGAUUUUAAUUUAUGCAUGACUUCUUUAAUUUCACAAAGAGAUAUGUAUUUACCCCCAAAAUAAAUUUUGUUAAAUGGUUUUUGUCAUAGUUUGACCUUUUUUCGAUUUUUCAUGUCCCUGCAAAUUUUAAUGUAAAUCCCAAACAGCCAGUUCUGCAUUUAGUAUUUAGGGACCAUAUGGGGAGAAAAAGUGCAAACAAAUAGUUUCCAUUUUUAGCCAGUAUUCAUGUUCGUCCUGUUUUUUGCUUAGAUUUGAAACACAAUGUGCUAACUCUGUGUUUUCUUUUUCCAACAACAGCUAAUAGGAAAGAUUGAGAAGCUCCCCAAGACCAAUAAAGAGUCUCCUGCUCAGAAACAAGAGACUGAGAAGUCUGAGAAGGUCAAGCAGUCAGAAAGUACGUAUUACACACAUACAUUACUGUGAUAGCUGGGUAUGUAAGGCCGCUUUUCCACCUUUCUUGUUCAAGGCUGUUUUCAAGUUCGUGUGCUUUAUUUGUACUAGUGUUAAGGCUAUCAGUCAACCCUGCUGCUGACCAAACAACGGUACCUUGAAUAUAUAGGUCUGUUUUUCAAGAGUUUUUCUGUUUGUUUAUUUCCGCUUGUUCGGCUCCUCAAUGUCCAAUGUGCAAAAGAAAAAGACAACAUUAGUUGCAGUCGUAAAUACAAGAUUUAUAGAGCUGUGAAAUUUGAGACCUGAGAUGAAUGAAGAGAAUGUCUAUACACAGUCUACGUAACAGUAAAAUUUAACUUUAAAUGCCAACCUGCUGCAUCACAGAAACCAGCACAAAGCCGGGAGCAGAAGCUCAAUUAUGCAUAAGCUGUCAGCAGCAUCUCACCCCAGUGCUGGUUCGCGCUACUGCCAUACAUACAGACCGUUAACAUGACGUAUGUCCGGCAGAAUGUUUACUUUUUUUGUCCUAGCCUGCUGCAUGCAUGGUAAAAUUUUGUGUGAGUCACUGCUGUCUCUGCGUCUCCUGUAAGAUCAGUAUUUUUUAAAACUUUGUUGUGGAACAGCCUGUUUUAACACAAAACACUUAUAUAUAUGUAUAUGAUAUAUGUGGUACAAUGAGAAUUAAGAAAGUAAUUAUUUGUCUCAAACAGUUGGAAGCGCACCACUUCCUGUCAGUCAUUUUUAAAAAGUUUUUAUACUUUUUGUUUGAACACGCACAUACGCCAACAUUCCCUCCAUAUCUGGGGAGAAAUACAUGUUACUGGAGCUGGAACAUUAGCCAGUUUUGAUUGACUGUCGGGAUGGAGAAUGAAAGUCAUCCUACGUCCUUAAGGACUACCCAGAAAUAUGACCGAUUUUCUGUCCCCCCCUCCAGCCUCCAGACCUAGCUUUGGCUUCAGCCUGGAUAGUGAUGAGAGGGAAGACGAAGCUACAGCAAAGCCACGACCAGGAGAGGAACCACGGGAGAGGCGAGAGAGGACAGAGGAGGCGCAGCGGCCCAGCUGGGAGAGGAGAACAUCAGCAGACGACAGGCGGAAGAGGAGAGAGGACAGUGAACCCAGACUCUUCAUGGCGUGUGAUGACAAUCAGGACAUUCAAGACCCAGCAGAGGGCGCUGACAGAUCAGGUGUGUUCUCAUUUGUCAUUGUUUGAAUGCAGCAGUUUGCUGAUAGGUACUGUAGAUCUUUUUGUCAUCCUUCAGCACAAUUUUCUAAAAGUUAUGUCUAAUUAAAUCUAUGAUCUUAGAGUAACUGUAGACGGCCUAACCCUUUUUAACAUGCAUUUUAAGCAGCCAGGCUUUUUAACAAGAAAAAAAUGUCAUCUUUAUUUAAGUCUAAAACUUUCAGUUCACAAACUCACAAAUAAAACCCUUUGCAAUUUCUGUUGUACAGACAAGGGCCAUGCAACUUUGAGCUUAGGAAUGGACCUAAACCUGGACUGGAUGACCCUGGACGACUUCCAGAAGCAUCUAAACGGGGAGGAUGAAAUUCUGUCUGGUCCUCCAUUAUCUCCCAGUGAGUAUCGUCAUUGACUUCAGAGAUAAUUAGGUAAUUUCCUACUGGGUCAAGGACACUCUGAAGGAUACAGUGGGUGGUGCCAAAAAUCCUACUGACCACCCACUGUAUCCUUCAAAGAACAACAGUUAUAUUCAAUUUUGUUUUACCUUUCAACUCCAUUGUCUUUAGGUUGUAAUCUCCUGUCAAAUGCCACUUCCAGCAUCUUUAGAUUCUUUUUUGGUCUGUUGCUUUCUCGAAAUGUAGAUUAUCUCCAAAUCUGCAACUGCCUGCCACUGAGUAUCACUCAUGAAUCUCAGUUGUGGGCGGCCGAAGUAAAUUUUUCAUCAUUUUAACUUGUCACUCUCAGGUUUUUUGUUUGUUCAGCUGCUGUCCUACGUAAUAUUUUUCUUAAUAUUUAAGAUUAUGUUGCUUUGACAGGGUGUUUUCUUAUGGAAAACUUGUCAAGUAUGUUGGAUGGUGAGAUCUAUGUCUGCCACUUUAAACUGAAUCUUGCUGUACUUUGUUCCGGUCAGGCGAGUUGCGGGAUGCCGUGAAAAGUGGAGAUUACAUGGCUGUGAAAUUGGCACUUAAUUCCAAAGAAGACUACAAUCUGGACCAAGAGGUAUGAGCCUCCCCAUUCUAACUUUUUUUGUUUUUGUAAUUUUUAUAAAACCUCUUACCUGACCAUCUUGCUUUUCAAAAGUGGUUUCUGCAUUUUUAAAUAUUUGCAUUUGGUUGACAUCUUGGUUGUGCCCUCAAUUUCGAGGGAAAGACACAUUUGACAAGUAUUGCUGCUCGCACCUUGGUUGUCCCAGUGUGUAUGUGUUGGAUUGUUUGUGCAGUUUGAUAUGUGAUGAUUGUUGAUGGCCGGUAUGACCGUGCUGUGUCAGUCACAGGGGAAAAACCUAACAUUGCUCUCAACACUUCUCCAGCUGAGCCUCGACAUUGAAAUCAUUAGUUAUCAUGCUUUGAAGUUGCAUCUCAAUUCAAAGAACAGCAACAUUUUUCAAAAUAUUCAAGCAGAAGUUUUCCACAAAAUUUCUAUGAUCUGUGUGAUGUGUAUUGAUACAAGACAUUUCAAUAAGGUUACAAAUUUCAAUAUUUCAAUCUUCAAACUUCAAAAUAAUUACAACAGAUUUAGAAGCAAAAAAAUAUUUCCAUAUUUAUGAUUCUAAAUGAUCAAAUUCAGGAAUUGUGAAACGUAUCUGUAAAUCUGAAUUUUAAAAAAAUUAAAAGCAAGAAUAAAAGUAUCAACCAGCUCACUUCAGGAAAAAUGCUUCUCAGGAGAAGAUCAUGCUUAUUACGCCAUACAACUGUUUGAUAGAUUUUUAAUUACAUGGUGCUUCAAGAAAUCAGUCUCUACAAGAUCUACAUCUACAGACUUUACUGUUUCACGUCUACUAAUGAGUCAACGCCUCAAGAUGUUUUUUGCAACUCCAAAGUCUCCUCUGCAACAGAUUCAGGUAAGAGUGUCAACACAUGCUCUAACUUUGUAUGUAAACAAAAGAGUGUCUUUAGUAAUUUGUUAAUGUUAGAUUUUAUAGUCAAUAACCUUAUUAUUUUAGGGUUUAAAACUUAAUAAUUGUUUGGGGUUUUUUUAUUGAGAUACAGAGGGUUGUGCUGAUUACUUUCAAUCUAACUUAAGUUGCUUUAAUGCUCGCAGAAUAUUUGAAUCUCUAAGAUAAGCUCCACUGAGCUGUUUUGAAAUCUUAGUGCCGCUCCAUGUUAUCGCAUUACAAUUACAAUGCUCUUUGUUGGAAUCACACAUGCUUUCAAUAGUUAAAACUAAACUAGUUCAAGAAGCAAUCAUUGUAUAGUCUGAUUCUUUUUAUUUAUAUGUUAUUGUGGAAUUUGACUAUAACCUAAUAAUAUUCAUAUUUGCAUUUACAUUUCCUUUAAAAUGUGCACAUUAGAGACCUUGGUUUCAUCUGUCCUUGCAGGGAACGAGCUUAAUGAAGAAGACACUAAACACAUGAAGUGAUAGGACAAGAUGACCCCUUUGAACCAGGUACAUAAUGUAUAUGCUCUCGUAUCGCCAUCAUGACCAUAACACAACAUGUACCACUAGCAUGCACUAGUAAUUAUCAUAAAAUCUGGAUUUAUUUUUCUUUACCUCAACUUUUAACAUUUUAAAGCUAAAUAAAAUCUACACAGAUAAUUGUUUUACUUGAAUGGCUGAACACAAUAAAAGUGUUCCUCUGUUUUGCAUCUGUACCUGGCUUUGUCCUGGACUCUAAUAUGUUUUAGCCACAUUGGAGACAUGUUGUGUAAAAUCACCACUUACAUAGUCUUACUGUAAAAACACUGCUAUGCCUAGCUUAAGUUUUGUCGUAAGUGAAAGCCAUGCAUGCAGAUCUAGUAACAGUUCAUAUCCUGUACUCUCCAUGUAGCAUUUCAUCCAACACCUCAUGAUUAUAUAUACCUGGUUAGACAUUUACAAUGUCAAAACGCUUCUUGAUCCAAUAAAGCCAUUAAUUGUUCUCGAAUGGGUCACAUGUGGUUUUUGUACUGAAGAUUUGAGAGGUGUCAGGGGUUUUUUAUUCCAAUGUUGGGCUUAAAAGUGAUGUGUGGCUAUUACAUUGCCUAUUGUUUGAAUGAGCAUGGGUCUGGGUGGGGCAUUGCCAAGGUGCUGAUGUGUAAAACAGCAAGGAAAAAAACAAAAGUAAAUUUUCAGGAAAAAAAGACAAAACCAAAACAGUUUUCCCAACCAAUCACCAUCAUUUAACAACCAAAAUAUCAACCAAAUUCUGUUUUUUUAUACCCACUCACAUUCUUUUUCUGAUUAGUCUGUUUCAUAAGAUUUCUCAAAUUAUUCGUGGCUGCUGAUUUGGCAAUGAGUCUUACAUAUACUUGUUCUUUUACAGGCUUGUACUAUGGGUGAGACGAGGUCAUUUGAAGCUGAGAGGAGCUUGAUUGAAGAGAGAAGUUCGAGUGAUGAUCUUAGAUUGACUUCAAACUUUGGCAGUGCAAGAGUUGAAGAGGGCACUCCUCAAGAUUUGGAUUGCCCAAUAGCUGCUGAAAAUCUGAAUGACUCUCUUUCCAAUACAAACUCUGAGCAAGUGACUUGUAGGGACCGUGAAAAUGUGGAAAAAGAUGGUAGGAUUGGAAGUGAUUUUACUGACAGUGGUUUUAAUCCAGCUACCGAUUUGGAUGAUGACGAAAAGGAAGGCCAGAGGGAAUCACAGGAAGAUGAGAUGUCAGAAAACUUGACUGGUGGUUUAUCAAGUACCGAAAGUUUAAAUGUUGAUCAUUCACAUCGGACCAGAACAUCUGGAAGGAUACAAACAAGAGCACAAGAAAAGAAUGUUGAACCUAAAGAACAAAGUUCAAGCGAGGAAGCAAGUGACUCAAGUGAUGAAAAUGAGGAUGGGGCGGAAGGACAGUCUGAUAGUGCAGAUCAAGCACCACAGGAGUUGGACACUAAGAGCAUUACUAAGACACGAUUACAACGACGCAAGAAAACUGUGGAGCGGACACCAACUCGAUCAAGUUCAAGGACCUGUAAAAAAGUUCUUGAAGCAAAACCCCACAUAGAGGAGGAGGUGAAAAAAGAGCCAUGCAAAAAGCAUUUCUGUCUUUAUUGCAAACAGGCUUUUACCCAAAUUGCAAAGCAUUUGGAAAGGAGACAUGGAGAGGAAACUGAAGUGUCUCAUGCAAUACACUUUCCCAGAGGUUCAAAAGUCAGGCAAACUCUGCUUGACCAGAUCCGCAAUAAAGGAGAUUAUGAACAUAACUGCCAAGUUCUCAAAAGUGGUGAGGGGGAAAUUGUGACCAAGAAACAGGUGAAAAACCCCAGCAUUUCCGUUCGGGAUUACCUACCCUGCCAGCACUGCUUUGCUUUCUAUCGCAAAACAGAUUUAUGGAGGCAUGAGCGAUCAUGUAAGGCCAGAAAGGGAGAUCAGAAAUCCUCUGAGAAGACCAAAAAAAGCAGUGUCCACAGUGCUGCUUCCAGGCUGCUUCCAAUGUCAGAGUUUUUAACAGGAGGCUGUGAGGAAAUAAUCCAUAUCAUGCAUCAGGAUGACAUCUCAAGGCGCAUUAGAAAUGACCCUCUUAUUUGUAAAUAUGGCAAUGCUUUGUCUGCUAAAUAUGAGCAUGACAAGUCUCAGUUUGCUUACAUUGCACAGAAGAUGAGGGAACUUGGUAGAUUUGUGCUUGCUGUAAAUGAGCUUGAUGAGAGCGUGAAGUACUUGCAUGAAGUAUGUCAACCAUCCAGAUUUCAGUUAGCUGUUGAAGGGGCCAAAAAGGUUAGUGGUUUUGAUCCAAGUUCCAGUAAGUUCAAAACAGUUUCCCUUGUGUCAAAGAUUGGCUACUCCUUGAAACGAGCUGCUGAGAUAGCUUUCGGGGAGAGUCGCAUGACGGAGGACAGUGAAACUGAAAGUGAAGUCAAGAAGUUCAUACAACUUCUGGAUACGAAAUGGAGUGAGUGCUUCUCUCGUAAAGCCCUUGCGUUAUCUCUAAAGCAAGAAGUCAAAAAGGUGGAAGUAGACAAAUCAACAGUGACUGAGGACUUGAUAAAACUGCACAGGUUUAUCACAGGGGAAGAAGAUGAAGCCAGAAGGGAGCUUAAAGAGAGUCCAAGUCUGUCAACAUGGAAAAAGCUCAGUGAGGCAACUCUGGCAGAUGUGUGUCUGUUUAACAGAGGAAGGGUAGGGAACAUUGGCAGAAUGUUUUUGCAAACUUAUACUCGCAGAAAGAGUAAGGACACAUUUGUUCUCUCAGCGGAUCAAAUUAAAAGAAGCACAAAAUUGGAGUUGGAUCUUGGUGCUAGUUUCACAAGGUUGGAGCUAGAAGGUCAGUAUGGCAGGAAUAUGCUGGUUCUGCUGACUGAAAGGAUGGUUUCCUCAAUCGAAUUGAUAAUUGCCAAUCGAGAACAAGCAGGCAUGGCAAAAACCAACCCAUACCUUUUUGCACGAACUGAAGGUCCAUCCUUUAUCCGUGGAUUGGAUUGCAUUCGGAGGGCUGCAAUGGAAUGUGGAGUGAAAAACCCCGAAGCACUUCUGUCCUCAUCAUUAAGAGAGCAAAUUGCCAGCUGCUGGCAGCUUAUGAGCCUCAGAGAAAGUGAGUUGGAUCAAGUGGCCAAGCUGUCGGGUAAGAGCAGCCAGGAGUGUUACGCACUCUCAAAUGAUGCACUACAACUGGAGGAAGUAAGCAAACAGCUUCUUAAGAUGGAACGGACACUGCCAUCAAGUCCACCCAGCACUGCAAAAGAUGGUGAGUACUUGGGUCUCCAUUGGUUGAAUGCAAAGAUUGGUAAGAGGACAGCUACAGCUCUUAAGUCAACAUAGGGUUUCUUACUUGCUUGAUCUUUUGCUCAAUCCUGGGGUUAAUUUGUCUAAGUUGUCUCAAAACAGAUGUUUUAAAUGUCCUACAAUUCUGAUUACUUUUAGGACUUGACAUUUUAUUCUUGGAGAGCAGCUGGAAAGACCAAUCAAGCCCCACAUCAGGUAUUGGAGUAUUUGACAGUAUGAAAAAGUCAUGCAAAGAGCAGUUGAUGAAUCAAAAUCUUCCUUUUUCCAAGCUGAAGAAUGAACUGUCAAGCUCUACAGUAGGCCUGGUUUAACAUUAAAAAAACAGAGUACGAUCUUAUUUCUCAUAAGUAAACGUAAUUAUUUUCUUUUACUCUUAAUGUUUUCAGGAACUGUACAAAAACCUGCUCUGAAGAGAAAAUCUUGGAGUGAGAAGGAGCAGUCAGCAGUGAAGCGUUACCUCAGUGAAUUCAUCACAACAAUGAAGGUCCCCGGCAAAAAGGAGUGCAAUGCUUGCAUAGCUGCUGAACCAGAUCUUUGUGGACGAUCUUGGACGGAUGUCAAAAACUAUGUGCACAACACACUGCAGACAAUACGUAGGAGAAAUAGGUCUGACGAAAAUGUGAAUGAGAGUCCAAAAGCCAGAGUCCGACCACCCAAAACAGAUCUGGAAGACACAAGUGUGGUCUGUACAAUGACCACAGUGAACCCAGAUCACAUAAGAGAAAGUUCGGACUGUUGCAUGACAAUGGCACAGAGCAUUAGGGACUCAUCAACGCCGUACUCACAAGACAUGACUCAGAGUUAUGCAACCUUGUGUUCUACAAGUACAAAUUUGGUCCAUUCAAGUCAACCAUUGAUGUCUACGUUCACACCACUAAAUGCUACCGAUACACAAGUGGUUCCUACAUUUACCCCACACAACACUACAAAUGCACUCAUGUCUUCAGCAUACUCAUCGGAGAACAACAUAAUCAUGCCAAUGUCUCCCUCUUAUACCCCACAUACCGCAAGUAUGCAACCUCCAUCAGUGUAUACACAGCAGGACACUACAAAUUUACCAAUGAUUCCUAAUUAUAGCACCCUUAAUGCUCCAAGUACCUCUAUGGGCCCAACUUACACCUCAUUAAAUACAGCAAGUCCACCAAUGAUCCCUGCGUACUCAACACUAAAUGAUGGAGGCAGGCCCAUUGUUUCCUCCUUCACGCCUCUGAACCAUCCAAGUACACCAGCAUACCUCACCAACCAAUCUAGGGCUCCUACAACCGCACAAGUUGUCCCAACGAUCCAUAGACCCAAUGUUCCUGAUGGAACACCAGCAAGACAGGACAGUACAACCAAGUCCUCAGCGGGAAAACGGGCCCCUCCAACUGACAAGCCUCAAAAGAGAAUCAAGAGGUUGUGGAGCGAGGAGGAGCAGACAGCGGUGAGGCGUCAGUUUGGAGACUUCUGUAAGCUGAUGAAGGUUCCAGGAAAAAAGGAUUGUGAUGCAUGUUUGGCCGCUGAACCAGCGUUGAACACUAGAACAUGGAGAGAAGUCAAAUAUUUUGUACAUAACUCAAUUCAGUCCAUGAAAAGGCGAGGGCUUCCAGUCGCUGCCAAACAAAGUGCCGCACCAGAACCAGAGACUCCAAAUCCAAACCCUGAGUGGGAUGGCCCUGUGUACCUCUCUUUGUAAAUACUUGUAAAUAACUUUGUUUGAGUAAUAAGUGAUGCGCAAGACUUGAUGCAUAUUAGGGGUGUUGUGGCUUUGGCCCUUAAAUGUAUGGGUUGAAAAAGCAAAUAUGUAAAAAGUUCUGUCUGCAGUCUCUGUAUCCUUACAGAUGUUAACACGAGUUACAGUCUGCCCUGCCAUUCUUUGAAUCACACUUCAGAAAGUAGCUAAAAGCUUUCAAAUCACAUCACCAGAUUAAGCUAUCAGUGUAUUGUUGCAUGAAUAUACACAAAGUAGGUGGAAACAAGGGUGUUCGUUACGUGGUUUUGGCAAAUCAGUCAGAUAUCAAUGUGUCAUAUGGUUAGACUGCUGAUAUGUAACACAUUCAAAUAUUAGACGGUCUGAUCAUCAGACAAUGUCUCUCCAGAGUGUUCUUUUUUAGCUGUGCGAUCACUAAGUAAGUAUGAACCUUGUUUGCCAGGAUUUCAAUUUUCUAUCUCUCAUUAGUGGUGGAGAGUAACCAGUGUGGCUUCCAAAUGCAGAUGCAGAACAUUGAACACAGUACUUUUGAGAACAUUGACAAUGUCAAAUUGGAACUUCCACUGUGACCAGGGCAUUUCCACCCUGCACUGAGCAAAGGUAGGCCCAGUGUCUGUACAUUUCUAGGGGGACUUUUACCCUUCUUAACUUCAAAACACACUCGGACAUCAACCUUUCUGCCUGUGCUGUUUUUGGUAGCAUUUUUACAAAUUUAAGUACAAGCUAAGACAUAGAAGUCCUGUCCCAAAUCUUUGCAUCCGGUCCCUGCCACGUGAAAGAUGUGCUUUGACUUGCUGUUCAUGAUUCCUCAAUGCCUGGCCCAUGUGUACUUAAUUCCUGCUUUAGCCAGUAGCCUAUAGUGUAGGUGGCCCCUGAUUGCCUGCAGCAGUAAUGGCAUACUUUCCUUGCUGAUGUUAGAGUAUUAGGAGCUCUGUUUAUAUACCUCUUACUUAAAUAUUAGAAACCUAUUUUUUCUUUGAAGAUCCUCUUUUAUAAAUGUUCAUUAGCUUAAUUCAUUUUUUAUUUUUAUGUGUGUAAACAAUCUGCUGAACAGUUUGAGUUUUUUGUAUUACUAUACAGUAAAUGUGUAGACUAUUUUAGUGUUCAUUGUAUUUUAUGUACCCUGAUUCAAGGUCAAAAAACAAAUUGGUCAUUUGUAUCUUUUUUUAAGCUUCCAGGACACUAAUAUUAAGUUGUCAAUAUACUAAUGCCUUAUUUUAUUGAUAAUUUGGUGUAUCAUGUUUUUUCUAAUCAUGUGGAUUUGGCAAUACAGCACUCCACUACCCUGAGUUUGUGAACUUUAGUGAAUAACCCCAGAGAUGAGGGUUAAAUUAUAACUAUUGAUAUGCGCUGAUGACCUGCUCCAACACAGAAUAAAAGUAUCUGUGGAGAAUCUCAUCAAAUUGACAUGAUCAAACAUGCCUGUUCUUAUAGAAGUGGGCAAAUUGGCGAGAUCCUAAUUCUAUUUGUCUAAAAGCACUUACCAAAAAAAAAAGUAUUUAGGUUGCCUUUAUUGUGAAUAAGAUGUGAACUACUCACAUUGUUCCAAGUAUGAUCACAUUUGAUUUUAAAAAUUCGUAGACUUAUUAUAAAACAACCAAGCAUUUCUUUAAAGUUUCACUUAUUGUUUGAGUGUCAAACAACCUUGUUGGAAGUUUAUACUGGAUUGAACACUCGCCAGGAGCAGCUGGUCUUCACAGCUUCUGUCCUUUAUUUAAAAGGGUAUCAUCCCGUUUUAGUUUCAGAAUUAAGGUGCUUUUACGUUGUUUAUUUUACACUGUUUAUUCUAGUGGGCUGUGGACCAUCUGUUGAGCCAGUGUAAGGUUUACUGUCCACAAUUUCUUUUUAAUGGUUUCAUACAGCAGCACUGUUGAAAAUGUGUUUUCUUCAAUAGCAACUGUUUAGAGUAUCCAGUGUAUCCAACUCUUUCAUACCAAAGCCAUUAGUUAAAUAAAAUCCUGAGUUUGAGUGGGCUUGCAGACCUGUGUGAGGGUACCUGCUCUCACUUGUUCAUGGAGACACCAAACAGGUUUUCUUGGUCACGGAUUUCUUGGAAGAGAGUUAUGAGUGUCUCAAAGUAAAAGCAGUAGUCAGCCAACAGUCAGUGUUACCACACAGCUAAACUUGUGUUUUGCAAAUGAAUCAUUUUAAGGUUUCAAAAUAAGAAAACACUCAUUCAUACACUACCUUUCCUUUUUAGUGUUGCACAGCAGCUUAUUUUCUGUACAGUGGCUUUCUUUUGUUGUUAUGAGCACACUUGGCGUGUUACUCUUCAUCCUGUUGUAAUCACGUUGCCUUCAGUUUAUGCUUCUGAUCAAGUAUUGUAAGACACUUCUGCUUGUACAAUAAAUUGCUCCUUGGCUUAAAACCUAAAGAUUUUGUUGAUACUGCAUGAUGAAUACUUUUUUCUGUGUAUUUAAGUUGUAACAGGCUGGGUUUUUUUUUAUUCCUCUACAGUAUUUUUUUCAAUUUUCACAUAUACAGCAUGUGAUCCUUGUAGUGGAAUGAAAACCAAGCCGUGGUCCCAGGUAUCGGGCUCUGUGUCCCCUGAAGUGAAAGGAGAGUGGGUGAUUUAAAGAAGAAAGAUCAGAAUGAUUGAGAUUUACGUGCUCAUUAUUUUUCAGAUUGCAAUUUUAACUCUUCGUUUCAACCAAUUUUCAAAAGACUCCUGGAAAAUGAUCAAAAUACAGGCUUUAAUUCAGAUUCCUUAAAAUAUCUCAAACUGAAUAGCCUUGUUGCCCUCUGAUGUCAAUAAAAGUCGCAAGGAAAAAAAAACCUCAGUAAAGUGUUUGGUUCAAGUUUCAUGGAGUCCCCUUCAGCUCUCUACAUGCCAUGUUGAACCUCCUCAUUUGACCGCUUUGGUGUUUGACAUUGUGGCGUCUUUGUUUGUUCACAGGAUGUUAGCGGUAUGUCUCUGAGCAUGCUGGCAGCUGCAGGAGGCCAGGACGACGUCCUCAGGCUGCUGAUUAAGAAAGGAGCAAAGGUGAACGGACGACAGAAGAACGGCACUACAGCUCUGAUGCAUGCUGCAGAAAAGGUAACAGGCUUUCCACCAACAUCAGAGGGGAUCAUAGUUUGGACAAAGUAUUUAGUUUAAUUGAUUUAAUUUUUGUCCCCCUAAUUUUAUUUCUCUCUCCUGUUAGAAUUUCUUGACAACCGUUGCAAUCCUGUUGGAGGCGGGUUCUUAUGUUAACGCACAGACGCUGGGCGGAGAGACGGCACUGAUGAAGGUAAAACAGAAAAAGUACCACUCAUAACACAAAGCAAUGAGCCCAAUUCAAAUGUGUUCAUUCAGACCUCAUUAACCAUCUGACAUACCAUGAAACAUAAGGAAAAGGUGAGGAGGCAAGCAGAGCUGGAUUAGGAAACAACCUAAGUGUACUUGAAAACUUCCUAUCAAGACUGAUCUGAAGUGGAAGGAUCUGCAUCAGAGGCAAAAGCUGUUUUGGUAAACAUCUUCUGUCUUUUCCGUCAGGCGUGCAAAAGAGGAAACGCUGAUGUAGUGCGCCUCCUGCUGGAGUACGGAGCAGACUGCAACAUCCUGUCCAAACACAAAAACACAGCCAUGUACUUCGCCAAGCUCAGCAACAACCUGAUGGUGUGCGACUUAAUCAAGGACCAUGUCAGCAUGUGAGUGUUAGAUAACAUAUAGGAGUGUACUUGAGAGACAGAAUUACAAUGCAGUACAGUUUUUUUAAGGAUCUUCACUUCAAUACCGCCGAGUGUUCUUAGUCAUAUGAUAAAUACAUUUCUGACCAAUAACAGAUAUUCUAGUUACACUGCAGCUCUGGACUGACUUACAGGCUUUUAGUUUAUUUUGAUUCCCAUGGAUCACACUUAAGGAUUAAAACUGUUAUUCUCUGCAUAUCCGUCCAUCUCUCAGGCUGUCCAGUGUGGCUGAGGAUACAAUCAGAGCGUACUUCGAGUCUCGCCUGGUGCUGCUGGAGCCUGUCUUUCCUCUGGCCUGCCACAGGCUUUGUGAGGGACCAGACUUCUCCAUGGAGUUUGGCUUCAAGUCACAGCAACAACCAGAGGGUAUAAAACUUUUCCUCCAAAGCCUUCAAGGCUGUAAACAUUUAGAGAUACACAUCACUAUAAUCUCAUGCAAUGGGAGACAGAGUCCUUGUUGCUCCACUCAAGUGUCUUGUCCUUAAUAAUGAACUCAUGAUGGAUGUCUUGAUCAUAAACAGCCAUUCAGGAAACUUCUAAAACUCUUCAAUCCUUCUGUCUUAAUCCCUGAUUUGCCGUUCCACUGACUUUCUCUCCUACUCCAGGCUCAGGCAUCCUCCUUUUCGUCUUCCACGCAAACUUCCUGAAUGAAAUCACAGCCAGGCUCUGCGGACCCUGCAGCGUUCACGCUGUGGUGCUCAACGACAAGUUCCAGCUGCCCAUCUUCCUGGUUAGAGCUCCAUAAACACAAAUACAACAAGAAGAGCUCUUGGCUCUGUUCACUUCCUUACCAUCGACCUAAAGCCAAAUAAUCCAAGAGAUUUUUAAAAGACAUUUCUGUUCUGGAUUCAAAUAUACCUACACUAUCAAUUUAUGGCAAAACUUCAACUGCUUGUACUUCAACAUUGAUCGAAACGGUAACGCUUUCUUUUAUGAUACACUUAUUACCAGGUAAUUAACAGGUAAUUACCAAGUAACAACAUGAAAAUAUCUGGUAAUUACAUGAUAACUACUAAGUCAAUACUGUCUAGCUACCAGGUAGGUAACCUUCCAUCAUCAUACAAAUUUGAAGCUGAAUUGCUCUGGUAUUUCCAGGAUUUUCUCCACUUCCUGGAACCACCACUUGCGCAGUAGCAUUGUACGCAUUCGGCGGGUGAGUCGCUGUGAUAAUGCUCGGCUCAAACAGCGUAUAGCUACACAAUCUUCGCACACCCCAUAGGCUGUAUCAAGUGUCAAUCAUAGAAAAUAAGAACCCCAAAUUGCUUUUGAAAAUGGAGCUGCACAGAAAAAAGAAAAACUAGACAGUAUUGGCUUAGUAGUUAUCAUGUAGUUACCAGAUAAUUUCAUGUUGUUACUAGGUAAUUACCUGGUAAUAAGUGUACCGUAAAAGAUAGCGUUACCCUUGAAACAUAUACUUUAUAAAUGUGUCAAAAUUAGUCAAUUUGUGUUUAUUUCUCCAAAUUCAUAUAUUUUUUGUCUUCCAACAUUCAGGAUAGUCACUUUAUCUACUCCUUCAGUCCAGUUCCAGGCAUCAACAGACUUUUCAUUCGUCUGGCAGAGGCACCGACAGCCAAGGUAACACACACACACACCAGCACAGAGAUAUAGAGAUAUUCAACUAUACAUCUGCCAUCAGAAUUGGUUGAUGUAAAAUGAUUGAAGGAGUUAACAUUGUCAAUGUUAGUUCAUUUUUAAUUAUAAUAGAUGAUCAGGCAAUCAUGUUCAAGAGAGAGCAGUUAAAUUUGAAGUCUGUAUUCUAGCCUGUAGUCUUCUGUAGUAUAAAUACACACUUGAAAAGAAGUUGUUGACAGCAAAUGAGAGUGGACUCUUAAUUUCAUUUUUGCUCAUCAGUGACAAUAGCUGUAACUUUGAGUAUAAUUGGUUAAAGCUUGAACAAAAAAAUUUACAACCAAAGGCCAAAACCCUCAUGAAUUAAAAAUCUGUCUCCUGCUUUAUUCAAAGAUCCUGUCUUCGUCUGUCGCCCAUUCCCUUAAAACAAGAAUAAAACACACAAAUCCAAUUUAGAGCAGUCUGCAACAGAAUUAAAUUGCGUUUGUCUGGGUCUAUUUUCAAUAAGUAGAUUAAUACUCAGUCAGCCAAAACAAGUGAAUAUUUUCAGCUGCGGGUCAGCGUGAGUGAUAGUGGGUCAAACUAAAGUCUGUCUGUCUGACUUUAUGGACUUUAUGAAGAAGCAUGUCCUGCAUGGACUAAUAACUGGUAAUACUUUUUUGGUCAAUGAUGGAGCACUAUGACUUUGACACCUCUAGCAUUUGUGGCCAUUCCUGUGAAGAAAAAAGAAAAAGAUUUUAACAGUGUGCCAAACUUUCUCCCCACAGGUCAAGCUCCUCAUCUGUGCAUACAGAGUCCAGCUACAAUGA